AUGGCGUCGACGGAGAAUGGCUCGAAAGACUUUCAGCUCAGACCAGAACAGCUGGCCGAGCUGCAUGAUCCCAAGUCGCUUUCAGCAUUCAGCAGCUUAUUCGACCAUGAUCCUGCCAAUUUUUGCAAGUAUUUGAAGACGGAUGCCGUCAAGGGCUUAAAUAUACAAGAUGAAGACGUCACUCAAACCGCUCGAUAUGAGCUGUACGGGGAUAAUAGGAUUCCGCAGCGUAAAGCUAAGCCUUUUUGGAGACUGGCAUGGGAGGCUUUCCAUGACCAGACCAUGAUUCUACUGUCGGUAGCAGCAGUUGUGUCUUUUGCUCUGGGUCUUUACGAGACUUUGGGUCAACCAGCAGAGUACGACCAUGAGGGUAAAAAAAUCACAAAAGUUGACUGGGUGGAAGGUGUAGCUAUCAUGAUUGCCGUUCUAGUUGUUAUUUUGGUAGGUUCAGCAAACGAUUAUCAGAAAGAACGCCAAUUCGCACGAUUGAACGAGAAAAAAACCGAUCGCGAAAUAGUGGUGAUGAGGGGAGGCGAUGAACAUCUUAUUUCAAUUCAUGAUCUUUUGGUUGGCGAUGUGAUCACCCUGCAGACAGGCGAAGUGGUCCCCGCAGACUGCAUUCUUGUGGACGGAAAUUGCGCGUGCGACGAAUCUGCAUUAACCGGUGAGUCUGAAACGAUAAAAAAAAUAUCAUUGGAACCAGCUUUCAAAAAGUAUAAAGAGCUCUCUGCAAAUGAUGCAGGCAUCGACAUUGGCGGGCGCUUCAAGGGUGAAAAGGUUCCAGAUCCAUUACUUAUCUCAGGCUCGAAGCUCCUCUCCGGUUUGGGACGGGCCGUAGUCACCUCGGUAGGAGUACACUCGGUAAAUGGUAGAACAAUGAUGGCACUCAAAGUAGAGCCAGAAUCAACUCCUUUACAGGAAAGACUUGACGGACUCGCCAAUAGCAUUUCCGUUUACGGUUCGGUUGCGGCACUCAUAUUGUUCAUUGUUCUUUUUGGCAGAUUUUUGUCCUAUUUACCGUCGGGAAAGAAAUACCACGAACUGACUCCAGCCCAAAAGGGUUCUAAGUUCAUGAAUAUUUUCAUUACCGCAGUAACAGUCAUAGUAGUGGCCGUACCGGAGGGGCUGCCUUUAGCCGUAACGUUGGCUCUAGCUUUUGCGACAACGCGAAUGACCAAAGAUGGAAAUCUUGUGAGAGUUCUUAGAGCUUGCGAGACGAUGGGCUCGGCAACUGCUGUCUGUUCUGAUAAAACAGGUACUUUGACUGAAAACCGAAUGACGGUAGUGAGGGGAUUCAUGGGAACCACAUUCUUUGAUGAGGCUGAAUCAUCAGAGUCCUCGACGGAGGGGAAUGAUGUUGAAGAAGUUCUGACUAGAGAUUGCGACGAAAGACUCAGGAAAGCUGUUUUAACAAACAUUGCGCUCAACUCCACCGCUUUCGAGAACAAGCAGAGUACAGAAGAAGCCGAGUCGAAUGACAAUCCUUUUCACAAAUCAGCCAAGUCCUUGUUUCCUUGGAGCCGGAACAACAAGCAACAGAAGAGUUCUACAAAUGAUGUCAUUGAUAAUAUCGAUAGCAUUGAGAGAGAACCAUUCAUCGGUUCCAAGACCGAAACAGCUUUACUUUCGUUCGCCAAGAAAAAUUUGGGGAUGACUGAUUUGCACGCUCUAAGAGAUGAUCCAAAAAUUCUGGGCAUCAAACAAAUUGUUCAGAUUAUUCCUUUUGAGAGUUCAAGGAAAUGGGGCGGCAUAGUGAUUAAAAAUGAGGAUGGCCUCUAUCGAUUUUAUAUUAAAGGCGCCGCGGAGCUGCUAUUGAAGAGAUGUGGUCAGAUGACCGAUUCUGCUGGAAACACAGAUAUCCUGUCUCCGGAAGCACAGGAGGAAAAAAGCGAAAUUAUACGGAAUUUGGCUGCCAAUGCCCUUAGAGCCAUAUCAAUUGCUCACCAAGAUUUUCCUGAUUGUCAUAACUGGCCUCCGCAACACUUGAAAGAUAGCAUCGAUCCAAAUAUUGCCUCACCAGAUCUUAUUUUCGGGCAGGACCAGGCUCAAGAUGAACUUUCCAACACGCGAGACACAACUACCUCAAGUCUAGGAAAUGCAUUCACAUUGGAUGCGAUUGUUGGGAUUCAAGAUCCGCUCCGGAAGGGCGUUAAAAAGUCUGUUGAACAAUGCCAAAAAGCAGGCGUGACGGUAAGAAUGGUAACAGGUGACAACAUUCUGACGGCCACGGCUAUUGCUAGAAACUGUAGCAUUUUGUCACCAGAAGAGAGUAGGGACCCUGAGAGUGCUAUGGAAGGCCCCAAGUUUCGAAAACUAUCCCAGAAAGAGCGCGUGAGAAUUUUGCCCAAGCUUCGAGUCCUCGCCAGAUCUUCACCUGAGGACAAACGGAUUUUGGUUGAAACGUUGAAGAAGAUGGGCGAUGUGGUUGGUGUUACCGGCGAUGGUACUAAUGAUGCCCCAGCAUUGAAACUUGCAGAUGUUGGCUUCUCGAUGGGUAUCACGGGAACUGAAGUUGCAAGGGAAGCCUCCGAUAUUAUACUGAUGACAGAUGACUUCACGGCGAUCGUUAAUGCAAUCAAAUGGGGAAGGUGUGUAUCCACAUCCAUCAAGAAAUUCAUUCAAUUCCAGCUCACGGUCAAUAUCACGGCAGUUGUCUUGACAUUUGUUUCCGCCAUUGCUUCAAGUGAGGAAAGCUCUGUGCUAACUGCAGUACAGUUGCUAUGGGUCAACCUUAUCAUGGACACAUUAGCUGCACUUGCGUUAGCAACCGAUAAGCCAGAUGAGCACAUUCUUGAGCGAAAGCCAAAGGGCCGUGAAGCUGUUUUGAUUGCAGUCUCUACAUGGAAGAUGAUUCUUGGCCAGGCCACUCUACAGCUUGCCGUAACUUUCACUUUGCAUUUUGCAGGCGCGAAAAUAUUCUUCCCUCAUAAAAAGGUCUUAACAGGUCACGAAUUACAGCAGCUAAAUGCCAUGACCUUCAAUACAUUCGUUUGGCUACAGUUCUUUAAGCUCAUAGUGACCAGGAAACUCGACGAGGCGGACGGUAUUAAAAAUGUGCGUGAUAGGAUCACUAAGUCGAAUCUAGAUUUUUUUCAAGAUCUUUUCCGCAACUAUUACUUUCUGGUUAUCAUUGUAUUCAUUGGAGGCUUUCAGGUUCUAAUCAUGUUCGUCGGGGGCGCUGCUUUUUCCAUCGCUAGACAAACCCCUGCGAUGUGGGCCACUGCCAUAAUAUGCGGUCUACUCGCGCUUCCCGUGGGUGCUCUGAUUAGAAUUAUUCCUGAUGAGUGGGUGCUUAAAGUAUUCCCUGCUAAAGUGGUGAAAGCCAUGUUGUACGUUCUUGGAUUCAAGUUUUUGAAAAGAUCCUCCAGAAAGUCGGAAGACGAAGAGUCUUUACUUGCUCAAGAUGCUGACGCUACACUCGUGAGCUCUUCGGCUUUUGAAAGGGCUCGAAAUGAGAUGACAUUCGCGAAGGGUCAUUGUAUUGAGGGUAAUAGAUUGAAUCCAAUCCAUGCAUUCAAAAAGUGGAGGCGGAGCAGUUCAUCGACUGGCUCUGAUGUUGAAGACCGCUCUUUCAUCGCCUCCGUUACUAUGGUGCCUACCCUAGUGGGUGGCGCUGUGGGUGGGUUUUCCCAUAUUUCCGUCAAUGGUAAUGAUGAGCUGGAUAGGAAGUCGGCUUAA